AUCAAAGGCAGAAGAGAAAAUCAAGUCUGGUAUUUGAAAAUAUCAAAGCUGGCAUUGGCUUUUGCAAUUAUCCAUUCAAAACCACCAGGCAAGAGCUGCAAAGAGUAUGCUGAGCAUCUUGCCAAAAUUGUAUCUGAACAAGAUACGAGUAUUGCCUCUGGAAGUCUCUGGAAGUCAAAAGUUGAAGCACUGGAAGCUGAAGUUCUUCGAUUGCGUCAGGAACUUCUUUUGAACAAGAUCUGUCCAAAAUUUGGCUUGGAAAACAGAAAAUCGAGUGCCUCUGAUGAAAAUCUUCUGGCUCAGGAAUGCACAAACCCUCCGAGUUACUCCAGCCAGCUAGAAGACUCUGGGUGUGAUGUGUCUAAUGACUAUUCAUUCGAUUCUUUAGGCACAACUUCUGAUUUUCACCAGUCUGAGCAUAAUCUUCAUACUUCUAAAUACUGCCUGGAAGUAGUUCCCCCACUGAGUCUUUGCUGUGCUAACAAGGAAGAAUCUCUGACUGCUCCAGUACAGUUUUUGCAACGUCUACUUGAAAUAAGAAAACUCUCAGAAAUAGGAGAUCUGCAAGCAGACCUCACAAAACUUGAAGAUGAUUCUUUCACCAUAUGCAGUUCUGUGUCUCAGUUGCUUGAUGGACUGACUGCUUUUUACAACAGUCCUAAAUUCCCAGUUUCAGAUAUUCUCACUGAAGCCAUUUGUGUUUUGGGCAGUUUAAUAGCUGAUACUAAAUUAUCUAAUCAUGUUCUGAAAAAAUGUUUCAAGAAGCUGGAAGAAUUUCAGAAAAAAAUAAUUCAAAUUAUUUUAAACAACAGCAGUAUCAAUAGGUUUCAGGCACUGUCUGCUGUAUCCCACGUGCUUGUUUUGCUAGGAAGGAACAACAUAUUAAGGAACUCCUUAAUAUCUCUCCUGCUAUCCGAAGUACAUCAGUUUGCUGAGCAGAUGUGUCAAGCUCACCAGAUCCAGGACGCAUAUGACAUUACCCAGUAUGAGAAUAUUUUUUAUCUGUUCAUGAUUCUGGAACAACUUCUUCAAAGUAAGACAGAAGAAAGUAACGUUUCAAGCUUACAGUAUAUUGAGGAAGAAAAAAACAAAUUUAUGAAGAACCUUGAUCAAAUUAUUCUUCACCUCUCAGAUGAAUUCCCUUUGUUUUCUUUAUAUUUGUGGAGAGUGAGUGUUCUUUUGAACUCAGCUCAAAUACAAAUUGAUUAAAAAAAGCCUGCUUUUAACAGAGCAUUUGUUA